GUGAGUGUGUGUGUGUGCGCGUGUGUGUGUGCGUGGAAGCACGUGUGUUUUGUCAGCCCAGCCAGCGUUUGGAGUGCAACUUGAACACAUCUCACAGGGACAAUGAGUGAGCUGGAACAGUUGCGUCAGGAAGCAGAGCAACUACGCAAUCAGAUCCAGGAUGCCAGGAAAGCCUGCAGCGACUCAACUCUUUCACAGAUCACAGCUGGUCUGGACUCGGUGGGCCGGAUACAGAUGCGAACGCGACGUACACUCAGGGGCCACCUGGCCAAAAUCUAUGCAAUGCACUGGGGGAGUGACUCCAGGUUACUUGUCAGUGCCUCACAAGAUGGAAAGCUCAUCAUAUGGGACAGCUACACAACAAAUAAGAUGCAUGCCAUCCCGCUGCGCUCGUCAUGGGUGAUGACAUGCGCCUACGCCCCCUCUGGGAAUUACGUGGCCUGUGGAGGUCUUGACAAUAUCUGCUCCAUAUACAGCCUGAAGACCCGUGAGGGCAACGUGCGUGUCACCCGAGAGCUACCCGGACACACAGGUUAUUUGUCCUGCUGUCGGUUCUUGGAUGACAGCCAGAUCCUAACCAGCUCUGGAGACACCACCUGUGCAUUGUGGGACAUAGAGACAGGCCAGCAGGCAACUGCCUUCACUGGCCACACAGGUGAUGUGAUGAGCUUGUCUCUUAGUCCAGAUUAUAAGACCUUUGUGUCAGGAGCUUGUGAUGCCACCUCCAAACUGUGGGACAUCCGUGAUGGCAUGUGCAGGCAAUCGUUCACCGGACACGUGUCUGACAUCAACGCCGUCUGUUUCUUCCCCAAUGGGAAUGCAUUUGGCACAGGCUCGGAUGACGCCACCUGCAGGCUGUUUGACCUGCGUGCCGACCAGGAGCUGAUGAUGUACAGCCACGACAACAUCAUCUGUGGCAUCACUUCCGUGGCCUUCUCCAAGAGCGGACGCCUGCUGUUGGCUGGAUACGACGACUUCAACUGCAACGUUUGGGACACUCUGAAAGGGGAGCGGGCAGGAGUGCUAGCAGGCCACGACAACAGAGUGAGCUGCUUAGGAGUGACAAAUGACGGCAUGGCUGUGGCUACCGGGUCCUGGGACAGUUUCCUCCGGAUUUGGAACUAAAACGUUUCGCCUGAUGUAUUCAGUCACUGCCCACCACCUCUGUCCCACAGCCCCCUCUCUACAGAUCCAAAACCAUCUGGCGGGCUGGACCUGAGGAGUGCACAUCGUCAGCUGAAACCUUUUUUCCACGCCUCCUCUCAGUGGGAAAACUUUCUACCUAAAGGGUCUGUUUUUUCACCCAGCCAUUACACAGCAACAAAACUUUUUUUUUUCUUUUUCUUUUGUAAUAUUGUCCAGUCAGAAGUAAAGAAAGUGUUAAAAAAAAGAUAAAAGUAGAGGAUUUCUGGCUUUACCUGAUUCUUUUCUAGGGGCAUUAAAGUGCAUCUGCUGCCAUGAGUAACGAGCAAGAUUAGCAUCAGUAUGUAAUAUGUAAAUGUGUAUGUAAAGACAGUAUAUAUGUAUAGCAUUAUGUGUGUAUAU